AUGUGGAGUGAAUCAAGAUCCAACAAAACAACGGUGGCGUCUGCAAUUGUGGUUGCAUCCUUGAGUUCCCUGGGUGCGUCGUGGAUGGUCUACCAAGCCUUCCAAAGAGAUCGAAAACGACGCCUCCAAGAGAUUGCACUAUCCGAACGUCAAAGCAUCAUUGCGACUGUCCGACCAGGAAUCCAUUGGAAGUACAGUGUCAGGGAAUGUGGCUGUCAGAAUCCUCCUAUUGCAGUUGUGCUGCAUGACGGCCAUGACCACCAAGGGCUGAUGCUGGCCGCCAAGAUACUACCUCCCAACUACAAGGUUAUUAUUCUGUCUCAGUCAGCAGCAGCAACAACAACAACAACAACAACAACAACAACAACAACAACAACAACAACAACAACAACAACAACAACAACAGUCCUGGACCAAUCUGUGGAGCAGCGGUGCCACGACUUGCAUCACUUGCUCACCAAGCAGUUGAGGAUCCAAACUGUUUCCGUAAUGGUGGGAAUGUCGCUUGGAAGCGUGGUAGCACUACGUUACACCGGUCUCUUUCCCAAGUCGAUCGAAUCAUUAGUUCUUCUGUCUCCUUGGGUCCCCUUCAAGGACGCUGCAGCCGACAAGCAACCAAGAAGGAUACCAGAUACCUGGCUACAACAACAACAACGCACCAAUACGCUUGGUUCCGAAUUUGCCCACUGGGCAUCUCUGAGGCUUGGUCGUUACGACUCUCAAUACGGCAUUACCCAAGACACAUCGGCCGAGGAACGACAGUUCGUCAUUGAAUUUGUCCAGACCGGUUUUGCCAUGAAAUCCUACAAUGAUCGAGCCGCCCUCCUGUCCUAUCGCAUGACUUUGGACCAGAUGGCAGCAACCCAAUGUCCCAUUCUUUACUUGGCGGCUGAAGAUGACCCCUACUGCAAGCCAUCGGAGCAUCGACUGCCAGCUUGUCUAUUGGGGAAAGUGUCCAGUCUGAUUCGGCCUACUGGGGGGCAUUGGUUGCUGGGAGACUACCAACGCACGCAGCGAGAAGUCCAGGCUUUCCUGGAAAGUCACGGGGCCGAGUGUUCGUUCUGCUGUGCCAUGCCACGCCUUCGAGACGCUGUCCAUGACUUGGGGACACUGGUCUUUGACAAUAAAAAGCUAGAUGAUGACGACAAAGAGAUGAUUACCUUUUGUGCAGAUGAUGAUGACGAUGACGAUGAUGCAUCACAGUGUUGCCAAUAG